ACCUUUUUUUUUUUUUUUUUUUGUGAAAAUAGAGAGAGAAAGAUGGCGAUGCAUGGUCUGAAGAAACGUUUUAACCCCGUGGAAGUAUUGGCACUGCUGGAGAAGGACUGCGAGAGCUCGUUUUGUGUGAAUGAUUCUCCAUCAGAGGACGAGGACCUCGUGCACCCGAACUACACACAAGACAGCGGUGACUCGGAUUACUGUCUUCCAUCGUCGGAAAGUGAUGAGGAUGAUUAUGACGAUGAGGAUUAUGUGCCGACCCCUGCCAGUGACCCAAGACCUUUAACAUCAACACUGCAAUCAAAAGCUGGUGGACUGUUGGCUCCUUCACCUAGCCAAAGGCCUGGAAAAAGGAAGUUGUCACUUGCAGAGAGUGAGGAGGAGAGUGAGAAGGAGAGUGAGGAGGAGGAGGAGCAAAAGGACAAGAAGAAGAAGAGGAAGAAGAAGGAGGAGAACCAGAAGGAGAAGAAGAGGAAGAAGAAGGAGGAGGAGGUGGACGACAACAGGUGGCAUGACAAAGAGGAGGAGGACAUCAAACCUGACCCUCUCAGAUUCAUGCCGGCCAGGAGCCCUGGACCCAUGAUCAACACCACCACAGCAUGGUCUCCCAUCAGCCUCUUCCAGCUCUUCUUCUCCACUUCUGUUGUCAGAACAAUAAUUGAAAACACAAAUGCCAAUGCUGCCAAAAGAAAUCAAGCUGGAGUGCGUUUCAAGUGGGAAGCGCUCACAGUGAAGGACUUUUACACGUUUUUAGCCACUAUCAUUUUCACCGGCCUCGUGUCAGUCCACAACAGGGCAGAUUACUGGAGGAAGAAAUGGCCGUACAACUUCCCCUUCCCCAGUAGAAAGAUGUCACGGGACCGCUUUGAGGCGAUUUUGUGGUCACUUCACCUGAGCGACCCAAAAGAAGACGAAGAAAAUGAAAAGAAAAAGAACACCCCCGAGUAUGACAGACUUUUCAAGAUAAAGCCGCUGUACACAGAUAUGGUGGACGCCUGCAAAGCCCAUUUCCAGCCAUAUCGGAAUCUGUCCAUUGAUGAGCGGAUGGUCGCCAGCAAAGCCCGCAUCAGCAUCAAGCACUGCAUGAAGAACAAGCUCACAAAGUGGGGAUACAAACUGUUUGUGCUGGCUGAUGCAUCUACUGGCUACACGUGUAAUUUUUUCGUGUACACAGGCAAAAGACAGACCCCCACAGGCCGCAGUCUGAGUUACUCUGCCGUUAUGGACCUUCUGUGUUUUCCUAUCCUCGGUAGCGGCUACACGCUGUACACGGACAAUUUUUACACAAGCACCACUCUAUUUACUGAUUUGUCCAAAAAGAACAUUGGCUGUUGUGGAACCAUUAGGACAAAUAACACUGGCUUCCCAAAGACCCAGACCAACAACCUGCCCAAAAAUGCUGAGAGGGGGGACAUUCGUUGGAUGAGGAGCGGCAAACUUCUCUUCGUGAAGUGGAUGGACACAAGAGAGGUUAAAAUGUGCUCCACGGUGCACCAGGCCUACAACGGACUGACAGUGUUGAGGAAAGCGAAGGAGGCUGGUGUGUGGAAAAACAAGUCCGUACCUGUUCCGGACUGCAUCGUGGACUACAAUCGCAACAUGGGUGGUGUGGAUUUGUCCGAUGCACUGAUCGGAUCGUACAGCGUCCACCAGAAGACGAAGAAGUGGUACAAGACUUUUUUUUACCACUUUGUGGACAUCGCUGCCGUCAACAGUUACCUCUUACACAAGGAGCUGUUCAAGGUCAGGCAGGACCCCACCCAGACAAAGCCCUUCACCCACAAGAAAUUCAGGGAGGUGUUAGCCAAGCAGAUGCUUGAGUUUGCUGAUGGCUCAGAAGCCACCCCACCACCCACAUCCCCCACCACUUGCAUGCCCGUAUUCUUCGACAACAGGGAAACAAGGGCCAGGAAGCACUGCAAGAGGUGUCUCAAUGCUGGAACACCCAGGGUGAAGACAGCGGUGUAUUGCAGGAAGUGUCUGGUUCCUCUCUGCCUCACCUCUAAGAAGAACUGCUUCCAGUUGUGGCAUGAUGGACAGUAACUUCCUGAUGGUCAUGUGUUAAUACAUGGCCAAUAGUUUAGAUGGUUCUUUUAGUUUCACCUGUGUUUUCACAGUUUGUAUUGUUACAGAAAUGUUUGAUAAAGUAAAUCUGCUCCAUUUGGACUCAACACUCACA